AUGAAAUUGGUGUUGAUCUCUCUGCUCCUUGGCUUUGCGCUUGUUUUCCAGCCUACGGCUUCAGAGUACAUCCGUGGAUGUUACUACACCAACUGGUCUCAGUACCGACCCAAAGGAGGAACCUUCUGGCCUGAAGACAUCGAUCCAUUCCUAUGUACCCAUGUGCUCUUCUCCUUUGCACAGGUCAGCCGCGCGACUCACACAUUGGAGAUCUACGAAGAAAACGACCACGAUCUGUACGGAAGAAUCAAUGCACUCAAGAAAGUCAACCCAAAGCUGAAGACCCAAAUCGCUGUUGGUGGCUGGACUCAUGAAGAGAAAGACAGCCCAUUUUCCAAGAUGGUGGCUACGAAAGAGAAACGUGCGAUUUUUAUCAAGUCGUCCAUCGACACUCUGAGGAAGUUUGGAUUUGACGGUCUGGACCUGGACUGGGAGUAUCCCGGGAUGCGCGGUGGAUCUCCCAAGAGCGACAAGGGAAGAUUCACUCUUCUUUGUCAAGAGUUAAGAGCUGCAUUCGAGGCAGAAGCUAAAGCGACUGGGAAGGAGCGCUUGCUGUUGACUGCAGCGGUGGCGGCAGGACUUUGGACUAUCAAAGGCGCAUACGACAUUGCUGCUAUCGCAGAACCCCUUGACUGGAUCAAUUUAAUGACUUAUGAUCUUCACGGCACGUGGGAAUACAAGACAGGGCAUCACGCUGCUAUGGGACCAGAAGGCGACAAGCUAACCCUCCCCUUUGCUGUGUGGUACUGGAUGAACAACAGGGACACGUGGGAAAAGCCGGGAAUCAGGAAAGGGAUGCCAGCUAACAAGAUUGUCCUUGGUCUAGCUACAUACGGACGCGCGUUUGGAUUAUCAAGCCCAGCAACAAAUGGCCUUGAUGCGGCACGAGAUUACCAGUACACCCCCAAAGGAAAGUUCACAGGCGCGGAGGGGUUCCUAGCUUACUAUGAGAUCUGCAAAAUGGGACUGACUGUUGUGGAAGACAACAAGGCCAUGGCACCGUACGGUUACAAGGGGAAGGAUUGGGUCGGUUUCGACAACCCGGCAAGCUUGAUCUACAAGAUCGACAACGUGGUAAUGAAGAACGCACUACGAGGUGUUAUGUUCUGGGCGAUUGACCUGGAUGACUUCUCUGGGGAGCACUGCGGGCAAGGCAAGUACCCACUUAUGAACGCCGUCAAGAAAUACCUUACAUCCGGGGUACAACCACCUCCAGUUACCAAUCCUCCUCCACCUGUGACAACGCAGGCCCCACCCCCCGUCCCGAAUACCACACAAGCGCCUCCGCCUCCCUCUGUCACUACUGAAGCUCCACCUCCAGUAAGUCCCACAACUCCAGGGGGAGGGGGUGCAGGAGGAAAUUGCGUCGCCGCUGGCCCGUGGGCUGGUAAUGCCGGAAUGGAUGCUUGGUGUGCAUCAAAUUGUGCCAAGGGAAAUUGUCCAGCAACGCAUUGCAAGUGUAGCUGA